AUGGAGUUGAUGAUGCUCAAGUCACACUCCCUGGGGGUGAUGAUGUCCAAGUCACACUCCCUGGGGGUGAUGAUGCCCAAGUCACACUCCCUGGAGGUGAUGAUGCCCAAGUCAUACUGCCUGGGGGUGAUGAUGCCCAAGUCACACUCCCUGGGGGUGAUGAUGCCCAAGUCACACUCCCUGGGGGUGAUGAUGCCCAAGUCACACUCCCUGGGGAUGAUGAUGCCCAAGUCACACUCCCUGGGGGUGAUGAUGCCCAAGUCACACUCCCUGGAGGUGAUGACGCCCAAGUCACACUCCCUGGGGGGUGAUGACGCCCAAAUCACGCUCCCUGAGGGUUAUGACGCCCAAGUCACACUCCCUGGGGGUGAUGAUGCCCAAGUCAAACUCCCUGGGGGUGAUGAUUCCCAAGUCACACUCCCUGGGGGUGAUGAUGCCCAAGUCACACUCCCUGGGGGUGAUGAUGCCCAAGUCACACUCCCUGGGGGUGAUGAUGCCCUAGUCACACUCCCUGGAGGUUACGACGCUCAAGUCACACUCCCUGGGGGUGAUGAUGCUCAAGUCACACUCCCUGGGGGUGAUGAUGCCAAAAUCACGCUCCCUGGGGGUGAUGAUGCCCAAGUCACGCUCCCUGAGGGUGAUGACGCCCAAGUCACACUCCCUGGGGGUGAUGAUGCCCUAGUCACACUCCCUGGGGGUAAUGACGCUCAAGUCACACUCUCUGGGGUGAUGAUGCUCAAGUCUCACUCCCUGCUACCAGCAGUACGUAAGUCCACUAACUAA